CACAUUUAAAAAAUGGGGACAGUGACGCAAGAGAUAUGUUAGAACCUCAUCCUUGCUAGCUUCAUAUAAAACUUCUCUAAGUUUUUAAAAAGUUCUGCGACAGCACCAACCUUUUCUUUCCUUUUCUUUUUUCUUCUUCAAAUUCGAUGGCCCGAUUGUCUAUACAACCAUAAGCAAACCCUCGCCCUUAACAAAAUAUAUUGACUUGCCCUCGCUUCUCUUUUCAUAGGCAAGUUAUGUACGCAAACUUGAAGUAGACUUUAUCAUUGUUUCUGAUUCAGCUGCUCUUAGAGGAGGCUUUGAGUCAGAAUUGGACAUGGUCUUUGAAGGUAUUACAUAUAAUCCGCCACAAAAAGUGUACCUGUCAGCCAUGUUCACGCCAGAUAUGCGUUGCUAUUUGCUGAAUCAAGCCCAGCAAAUUAAGAACCGGAAAACUCUAUGGCACACCCAGUACAGGCGUAUGACGAACGGCGCGCGUGCGUUUAUCUUCCAUUUGCCAAACUAUCAUCCUAGAUCGUCCAAUGAAUGUUGGAGAUGGAGUCGCUGGGUAGCUGCUGAUCUUGCAGAUUGGGCUCAAGAAUUCAUUAAUAUACCCUAUAAAUUCAACUUUCCUACGCAAGAUUCGUUUAUUUGUCGGUUAUUACAAAAAGAAGCAGAAGAAUCACCAGACGAUUGUUUGAAACUCCCUCGCAACAUAACCAAAAAGAUACAUCUUGAGGAACUGCGUGCUUUCAAGCGUCGCAUGUUGAGGGAAAAGGAAGAAAGAGAAAGAAGAGUAGAAGAACAGGAACGACUACGUAAGAAAACUGAAUUAGAGCAGAAGAAAAGGGCACAGCAAGUUCUGGAAGAAGAGAGAAAGCGGAUAGACGCCGAAAUCCAGCGUAAAAAAAGAGAAGAAGCAAAAGAGAAGCAACAAAUGUUAAAUAGAAUGGAGCAAGCUGAACGACAACGCAAACAAGCAGAGGUUUUACGUCAGAGCAAAAAAGGAGAGCAGCACAGUCAAAAGAUAAUGGCUCAUAAACAAGAUGAAGCAAAACAAAAGCAGCAGCAGUGCUUGGUAAGAGAGUUGCAAAUCCGCACUCCUCCCGGUACUCAGUCUGCAUCAUCUACAAAUAGCAGAUCAUCACCAACACCGCCCGUCUCAACGUCCUCUAAUUUUAACAUCGCAUCUCAUCUUACUGCCGCUGCUAACCCUGAAUGCAGAAGGACGCUCUCUCCUUCAAGAAGUUCUAACGGUGGUAGCAGCAAAAAAUUUAUAACUUCUUUAAAGAAACCAACAAUGGAAAAUCACCAGCAAGCAGAUGUAUCGAAUAAACAACCUAUUGAAUUAUCGAAAAACGUGUCUAAUGCUAGUAUAGUCACACCAGCCAUUGCAGCAGAAGCACGGUCAGGUUUUAAUGCCUCUCCUUCUUCUUCACUUGACAUUUCUCAACAGCAGGUCAUUUCUGCUUCCGCCAUCAGUACCGUGAAUAGUAGUAGCAGUAGCGAUACUGACAGACCUUCUACUCAUACUUCGAAGGAGCAGCAAGCAGCAGCCGUAAAGCCAAUACAGAAUGUCACCUCUCACUCUCAAUCAGCAAAGGGUACAUUUUCUAAAGACAUGAACGAUGUAUCGACUGUUUAUACCGAGUAUAACACGAUUUUUAAAAGAAAAGCAUCUCCAACUGACUCUCCGAAGACGAAAAUAUUAAAGACUUCUAUGUCAAGUUCGAAAAAUAGCAAUGUUCUUACUACUGAAUCUCCUGAACAUCAACAACAACAGAUAUCCUUUAACCAAAUUGUUUCAGAAGCUUUUGACACCAGCUUUCUUCAUACUGAAUUGUCCAACAUAUUGGAGGAUCUUGAGACAUUAUAAACGAUUUUGUACGUGGUUGAUGGACAGUAAGUUUUUUCUUUUCAUUUAUGAUUUUCAUCAUUAUACCUUGGAUACCCCUUUCUAGUAUUUUAUUUUGCCGCAUUCCCGCAAAGUAAUUGUAGGCUUGAAUACUUAUAUCGCUAAUGUUUGAAUAAAAGAAAAGUUCGUUAGCAUCCAUUCUU